AUGCUGGACCAGAAACAAAUCGAGAUACUCGGCCGCCAACGCCCCGCCGUCUUCUCGUCAUGGCUCGUCGAGUCCGGCUUCGUCCUCGCCGUCGUCGGAUCGCUGAUGAUGAGCGAGUACACCAUCAGCGGCUUCAACAUUGCGCUGCCGGCGCUGGCCGAAACGCUCGACAUGCCGGAAUCGGCCCGGACGUGGCCGGCCGCCGUGCCGAACCUGACCACGGCGGCGCUGCUGCUCCCGUUUGCGCGGCUCUCGGAGCGGUACGGCGGCCGGGUCGUCUUCCUCGCCGGACACAUGUGGCUGAUGGCCUGGUCGCUGGUGUGCGGCUUCAGCCAGAACCCGACGAUGCUGAUUGUGUGCCGCGCGAUGCAGGGCAUAGGGUCCUCGGCCUUUCUCCCUGCGAGUCUGGCGGUCAUGGGCCAGAUAUACCGGCCGGGCCCGCGGAAGAACCUCGUGUUCAGCGCAUACGGGGCGUUUGGAUGUAUUGGGUUCUUCUUCGGCGUCGUCAUGGGCGCCGUGGCGGCGGAGAGUCUCGGAUGGAGGUGGUACUUCUGGAUGGGCGCCAUCUUUGUGUUUCUCAUCGGCGCCACGGGCUUCCUCACGAUCCCGUCGAAUCUCGGCGACGCCAACCCGGACGUUCGCAUGGACUGGUGGGGACUCUGCACCAUCGUGCCGGGACUGGCGUUGGUGGUGUUUGCCCUGACGGAUGGAGGCCAUGCGCCGUCGGGCUGGCGCACGCCGUACAUAUACGUCACGUUCGUCUUGGGGAUCCUCUUUCUUUGCGCGGCCGUCUACGUUGAAGGGUGGGUUUCGGCGCAGCCGCUCCUCCCAGUUGAGUUGUUCCGUCCCAAGUACAUGAAGCGACUGGUUGCGUCUCUGUUCAUGUCGUACGGCAUAUUUGGACUAUACAUGUUCUAUGCCAGUUUUUAUAUCGAAUCGGUGCUCCAAGUGUCACCCUUGCAGACUGCCGCGUGGUUCUCUCCACUGGCAGUUGGAGGACUUAUCUUAGCCCUGGUGGGCGGGUUCGUGCUGCAUAUCUUGCCCGGGCGGAUUCUCCUGAUUAUUUCCGGGCUUGGGUUCUUGGCCUCGGUUCUGCUGUUCGCGCUCAUCCCCGAGAACCCUCCGUCGAGGAACUACCUGUUCUGGGCAUAUAUUUUCCCUGCCAUGGUGUGCGGGACUAUUGGCGUGGACAUUGCGUUUAAUGUGACUAAUAUUUUCAUCACAACUUCCAUGCCUAGACGGCUGCAGGCGGUUGCUGGAGCCCUGUGCAGCAGUCUGCUGUAUCUAGGCAUGGCGUUUUGGUUGGGCGUGGGUGAACUGGCAGUCACAGCUACGAUAGAUAUUCGCGGAAAGGAAAAUGUGAGCCAACGCGAACAAUACCAGAUUGGGUUCUGGACGGGCGUUGGACUGGCCGCGGCAUCGCUGUGCUUGGUGGUGACGAUCAACCUGGGCCAGGCGUCGGCGUCAUUGACGGCAGACGAGCAGGCGGAACUGAAGCGACGAGAGAAUUCCUGA